AUGACAGUGCAGAACGUCGAGUUGUUGGUAGAACGUCGAGUUGUUGGAAGAACGUUGAGUUGUUGGAAGAACGUCGAGUUGUUGGAAGAACGUCGAGUUGUUGGAAGAAAAUCGAGUUGUUGGAAGAACAUCGAGUUGUUGGAAGAACAUCGAGUUGUUGGAAGAACAUUGAGUUCUUGGAAUAACAUCGAGUUGUUGGAAGAACAUCGAGUUGUUGGAAGGACGUCGAGUUGUUGGAAGAACAUCGAGUUGUUGGAAGAACAUCGAGUUGUUGGAAGAACAUCGAGUUGUUGGAAGAACAUUGAGUUGUUGGAAGCCUCUUGCACACCCGGAAAACAAUUCCACACCACAUUUGUCGGGUCCCUGAUCACCAUGAAGACAACACAACUGCUCUCUGUACUGUGCGCUGUCAUGGCGGUGGCUGUGUCUAUAUCCUGUGGAAGUGAUACCUGUGCUGAUGAUGAGCUCUGUGCCUCCGAUACUACCUGCCAGUGCAAUAACAGUCUCUAUAGCGAUACAGGAGCCACUCCAAACGUAAAUUAUACUUGUACUGGAGUAAUGUUCAACAUACAAGUGUCAAAAUGUUGGUUGGAAGCACACGGUUAUAAUCCAUCAGAUAUCAGGCUGAGCAGCACCGACCCCGAGUGUUGGGCAGGAAGGGAGGUUGUGAAUGGAAUAUCGGAGAUGACCCUUCAUCGCCCAUUGACAGCCUCGGACUGUAACACUGAUGCUGUGAUGAAUUCCUCUCAUGUCACCUACACAAAUCUGCUGUAUAUUUUUGCCAAGAAGAAUCCAAUCCAAAUAAGAGAUGAUUUUGUCAUGAAUAUUUCCUGCAGUGAGCCACUGAAUGCCGAUCCUAAUGUGACACUCGGGCCCGAAGAAAAAAAUGGCCUUACAGCAGAUGGAAGUUAUACCGUCUACAUGACGGCCUAUAAAGAUAACCAAUUUAUUACCCAGCUCUCAGAUUCCGACAUCCUGCAUGUAGGAGAUACCAUCUACAUCUCAGUACUCAUACCAGAUCUGGAUACUACCGCCUUCCAUCUCAAAGUGGCGAGUAUUUAUGCCUCUCCUAAUGAAUCAAGCUCCAUCAAGUACUAUCUUCUUCAGGACGGGUGCCCAUCUAGCAAUAUAUCUGCUGGUGAUCUCACAGUGGACAGCAAUGGAGUCGGCACUGAAUCUCGGUUUUCUUUAAAAGUCUUCAAGAUUAGCAGUUCCUACUCCGUCUAUCUCUAUGCCGAAGUUGUACUCUGCAUUAGUAAUUGUAUCACGAAUUGCAGCUCUCAAUCCAGAUCGAAGAUUAUCCAGCCAAUUGCAGGAAGAGCCAGUAUAUUUCUGGAUGCAGCCAAUUACGAUUACAAUUUUGGAACCCGUUCUGCUAGCGGUUUCUCCAUGCCUUGGACUUUGUCUGCUCUGAUCUUCUCCUGGAUCUUGAUGAAACUGAUGUAAUCCCUCCGAGAACCGACCAUCCCGACACCAUGAGACUUUGUCAUAUCGUCGCCCCCAAUGCUCUCAGCAGAGAGAAGUUAUGAAGGAAUCUUGUAUCUAAUUCUUUUUCUGUGGAUGGUGUUGGCUGCAUCAUAUAUAACGCUUCCUAAGAUCACCUUCCCGCGGGGCGUCCCGAUUAUCUCUCAUUGGGGUAGAUUCACGUACGGGCGCACAUAGUUACGGCGGCGCAGCGUA